AUGAAGUGCGUGAUCGGGGGCGGGCACCUCCGAGGUACCGGUGCCCCCGGGAGAGGCGGCACGGCCAGGACAGGGCGGUCUGCGCGGGGGGGAGCCGCGCCAGAGAGCUGGGACGAAGCCGCUUCAGGGCAGGGCGGCUGUGGCCAUGCUGCGCGCGCGGCCCACAGUGAGGUUCACGCACUGCCGCCCUCUGAAAUGUUUGGAAGAGCAAUACAUGCCAUAGCACGCAUUAGUGAUGAAUUUUGUUUUGAUCCAGUAGAAAAAGGUCUUGCCUUAAGAUCAGUGAAUUCUUCUAGGUCAGCCUGUGCAUACAUCUUCUUUUCAUCUGUUUUUUUCCAACAUUACUGCUGGGCAGCUGUGUCUGAAUCGUGUCAGAAGGAGAAACAGUUGCCCCUUCCCUGUAAAUUGAUAAUUAAGUCAGUUCUUCCUGUAUUUAGAUGUGUCAAUAUGCUGGAAAGGAAUGUAGAGAAAUGCAACAUUUAUACAAAUAUUCAUGAUCAUCACAUAACUUUUCAGCUCAUCUGUAAACACGGUGUUGUAAAAACACAUAAUCUGACUUUUCAAGAAUGUGAUCCGCUACAGGCUGUUUUUGCAAAGCACAUGUGUCCAAAUGUGCUUAAACUCCAAUCCAGGUUGCUGGCUGAUAUAAUGAUUCACUUUCCGAUGAGUCAAGAAGAAGUAACCCUGGCAGUUACUCCAAUGAAAGUUUGUUUCAAGAGUUACAGUGAGGAAGACACUGACUUUUCAAAGGCAAUGCAUACUGAAAUACAGCUAAAUCCAGAUGAAUUUGACUACUUUCAAGUUGGAGUGGAUUCUGAAGUAACAUUUUGCCUUAAGGAACUGAGGGGACUCCUAGCAUUUUCAGAAGCUACCAGUACUCCUGUCUCCAUCCAUUUCGACAUAUCUGGAAAGCCAAUUGCUUUCAGCAUUGAAGAUAUGCUUCUGGAAGCCAGCUUCAUUUUGGCUACGUUAUCUGUCGUUGGCGACGAGGCAGCCCCUGAGCAGCCACCACGCUUUUCACAGCGCCAGGAAAGCUUGAAGACGUGUAUGAGUAAAUCUGAAAAAAACUCCACGGACAGAGAUAGUAACUCAGGAGCAAUAGCUUCCAGCAAGCCACACUGGAAUGGGAAUUCACAAAAGAUGGAGCUGGCAGCACCUAGAAGUCCUUUAGCAAAACAAGAAAGAACAACUAUUCCCAAAAUGUCAAAUGGAGACACUACAGGCAUAGAAGGAGCUACCAUAAUUGAGAUAGAUGACCAUACAAUGCAAGAAAUGAAGUCAACACAUUCUGAUUAUCACAAGUUUCACUCCCUGUUUUUUGGAGCAGUCUCUUUUAAGGAGAAAGAUGCCAUCAACGACACCUUCCAUAGUUUAGCAACAGCCAGUGACACCGAAGAGGAUUCUGUCCCUACGCAGAGAUCUCAAGUUCUCUAA